CUCACGUGAGUCCGUCUAUCCUCAGCCAAGCAUUUAUUUUUAUACAAAUUUAACUUACAUACUCGGAGAGUUUAAAGAAUUUUAAUAGCAAGUGCCAGUGUAUUUUAAUCAGCUAUAGCGGGGUAACCUGUAAACUCUUUAUAUAAGCAUCUCAUUUCCCUUUUCCUUUCUUCACAUAUUAUAGUACUAUUCACCAUGGAAAAUUCCCAACCACCUCUUGCCGCAGAGAGUUUUUCAUAUAGCUGGUUGUUGAACAGAAAACCUCCAAUUGAUGGCCUAACAGAAUCCCCUAGACACUCUUAUAGUAAUGAUGAUCAUGAUGAUGAGGAGGAAGAUACGAAGUUUAUCGCUUAUUCGAAAAGAUUUCUAGAAGAAGCCCAAAACUUCAACUUUGAUGUUCAUCCUGUUUCUGAAUCUGUUCAUGCUGAUGAAAUCUUCUCUGAUGGACACAUCAUGCCUCGAUAUCUUGAUAGAUCAAAAAUUGAAUCUUUUCGCGAAGCCUUCAAUGAUUUCAACACAAAUUCAAUAGUACCAUCAAGUAGUACUCCUCCUACACCAAUCUCCAAACUUUCUGAUUCUACAACUAGUCAAGCUGAAUUUCUUGAGAAAUGGAGGAAAUUUUCGCGCAGAGUUUUGGUUAAGUGGUUCGGAUUCAUCAGGCCAAUUUCCAAAAGGCUAUCAAGUUCAAGAAAAAGUACUUCAAAAGUUGAUGAUCUUCAAAGAAAAGUAAGUGAAUUUCAAAGCUGCAAGACUACUGAUUCUUCAUUUCAGGGAUCUCCUCCUCGUCUAAUAUUGAAAUCUUAUUCUGUUGUCGAUUGGGCUGUAAAUGGUGACGAUCAAAGAAGUAGUAGUACUAGUAGUAGAGUUAAGAGUUUGAGAAAGGUGAAAAGCUGGAGCAGUAUUAAAUCACCACAGGCUUAUAAUUCCCCUAUAAAAAGUCCAUCCUAUGAUCAUUCUAAUGAUGUUUGGCGCGAUAUGGAGAACGCGGUUUCUGAUGCAAUUCUUCACUGUAAAAGAUCAUUUGGUAUGUCAACAGAGCCUGAUAUAGAUCUUGAUGAUCUUUUUGUCCAGAAGAAGCAACACUAGCUGUUUAAUUUCAUCCUUAAAUUCUCUUCUCAGAUGUAUAUUUAGAUUUUUGUCUCUUCAUACAAAUAAUCUAUCAUGUAUCACUCAGAUUCAAUAUUUUGUACAUUCCGAGGUGAAAAAAAAAGUUUCUAUUACGACUUAUUUAACUG